GACUAACCACAAGUGCCGGAGCCAAUCAGUACGAUGUUAUUGUUGUGGGAGGAGGAAUUGUUGGCAUGGCAACAGCCCUCGAACUUAUUACUCGCUACCCAAAUUUAUCAUUUGCUGUGGUAGAAAAGGAAAAUUCUCUAGCAUUUCACCAGAGUGGAAGGAACAGUGGAGUGAUACAUGCUGGUAUUUAUUAUACGCCAGGCUCGCUGAAAGCUAAACUUUGUGUUGAGGGUUUGAAACUGGCAUAUGAAUACUGUGAUAAACACAAUGUACCUUAUAAUAAAUGUGGAAAGCUGAUAGUUGCAACGGAACCAGAUGAAGUCAGUCGUCUGGAGAAACUAUUUGAGAGGGGCAAGGAAAAUGCUGUACCAGAUUUAAAAAUGGUAGGACCUGAAGGAAUUAAAGAAAUAGAACCAAAUUGUGUGGGUCUAAAAGCGAUUCAUUCUCCCCACACUGGUAUAGUAGAUUGGGGCGUAGUUACCAAACAUUAUGGGGAAUCAUUCAAAAAACAUGGUGGAACUAUUUACACUGGCUUUGAGGCUGACAAGUUUGACAUGAAAACAGAGUCUACAGAAUCUGAUAGUCUAGAUUAUCCAGUCAGUAUUAAAGGAAAACAACCAAAUCAGAAUGUCAGUGGUAAAUAUGUUAUAACAUGUGCAGGAUUACAAGCUGACCGAAUAGCGGAGAAAUCUGGUUGUAACCCUCAGCCAAAAGUAGUUCCAUUCCGAGGGGAAUACCUCAUGUUAAAACCAGAGAAAAGUGAUUUAGUUCGAGGCAAUAUUUAUCCAGUCCCAGAUCCACGAUUUCCCUUUCUAGGUGUUCAUUUUACCCCAAGGAUGGAUGGCAGUGUAUGGUUGGGUCCGAAUGCUGUUUUAGCGUUUAAACGAGAGGGGUAUUCCUACACUGAUUUCAGUGUGAAAGAUUUAUAUGACGCCUUGGCUUAUCGGGGUCUACGUAAAUUAGCUUUCAAACAUCUACUAUAUGGUAUGGGAGAAAUGUAUAAAGGAAUAUUCUAUGGUGCUCAAGUUAAAAAAUUACAGAAAUUUGUUCCAAGUUUAAAAAGAGAAGAUGUAAUAAAAGGACCAAGUGGUGUGAGAGCUCAAGCGUUGGACAAUGAGGGAAACUUAGUUGAAGAUUUUGUAUUUGACAGUGGAGAGGGUGAUAUAGGACAUAAUAUAUUACACAUUCGUAAUGCUCCCUCCCCAGCUGCUACUUCAUCUCUUUCCAUAGCCAAAAUGGUGGCUGAUAAGGCACAACAACAGUUUAAUCUAUGA